AACAACCGCGACGCCGUGGGAGGCUGCGGUUGAAAAGCCGGCGGUGCGCAUCGUCGGCGGGGAGAUCACCAGCAUCAAGAAUUAUCCAUUUAGCGUCUCGGUGCAGCGCCGACCUUAUAGCCACUCGUGCGGAGGCACUUACGUCGCCUGUAGGUUCGUCCUGUCGGCCGCCCAUUGCAUGGUCAGACGGUUGCUCGAUGGCACGUGGGCAGCGGAGAAUCCACGCCAUUUCUAUGUGAUAGCCGGCGCGACCUACGUGUAUUUACCAAGUUGGGGUUCCAUGCAGGUGGAAUUGGUAGACAAGACAUUGCCGCACGCAGAGUUUCGAUUCUCGGACAUGCGAAACGAUAUUGGAUUGUUCAGGCUGAAGAGACCUCUUUAUAGAAACGCGUACGUCCAAUACGUUACGCUUCCGCCGGUGUACAUCACGGAUAUAUUCCAGAAAUACACGGAGGAUUGUGUCGCGAUUGGAUGGGGUCGACACGUACCCGAUUCAAACCAAGGAAGCGGUACGUAUUUGCGACACGUUCGAAUUCCAUUAAUCUCGCCUGACAAAUGUCCUAUGCCGAAUGUGCACAAAGAAAAGCAAUUAUGCGCGGGUGUAUUGGAAGGUGGUCGCGACUCCUGUCAGGGUGACAGCGGUGGGCCAUUGUUAUGCAAUGGAACGCAAGUCGGUAUUGUCUCUUGGGGCGAAGGAUGUGCUCGUCCGAAUACAGCGGGUGUUUAUUCUCGUGUGGAUUUUUAUUUACAAUGGUUAAACGAAACUAUUACUCAAAAUGGAGCCGUGAAAUACUCUUUCCAAAAUAUUAUAAUUGUUUGCAGCUUACUGCCUGUAUACUUUAUCAAUAUAAUGUAUUGA